AUGUUCAGAAAGCUGAGACAAUAGUAUCAGAAGGAUCUUGAUUACCAGUUUUUGAAACAAUUUAAUAAAUCCUCCAUCAAUUUAAGAUGCAACAACCAGAAAUCUCGUUUUGUUAUCAAAAAACAGUUGUCAAAAGUUAAUAUACCAUUGUAAUCUUAAUUAAAUAAGCUAUUUGAAUGUAACGAUAAGAUUUCGAAAUUCUCUAAAAUCAAAUACUAUGUAAGAUCUAGAAGUUCCCAAAAUUCUUAAGAAGGUCAUCUCAAUUAAAGAAUUUCUCACAUUCUUCUAUCCUUGCCUUAUCAUUCCAUAAAAAUGCAUUCGAGAGCAGGAAUUAGAAAACUAUGGAGAAGAUAUAUAAUCCUCGUUAUUUUUUUAAUGAGAUACUAAAAACAUCGAUAAGAACAAUUAAAAUUAAAUCUCUAAACCAGACUCCUUUAUUUGGGAACUCCUAAGAUCCAUCUUGAUACCACCAAACGAAGAAGAAGAAAUGGCGAAAAUUAAUUUAAAUUAUCCACAUUCGCAGAAUAUAUCGAUGCAUAAGAUAAACAAGAAUCCAAAACAAAAAGAUCAGAAGAUGAUAAAUUUAAGAAAAGCCCAGUUUAUUAAUCAUUUAAAUAUAACGAUGUAAGGAUCUGCAGAUUGCUCAAAAUUCGGAAUAACAGCGUUCCGACAUCAAUUGCGGAAUCCCCAUUAAAAGUGAAUUAACAAGCUGCUAAAAUCAAUAGAUUACCUCCUUUAUUAUAAGUAGACAGGAGAAUGCAAAGAGUCUACUCGAAUUUCUGUAAAUGA